AUGAAGGUAGUAUAAUUGAGUGAUAAUUGACACUGCGUGCGAAAUGAUCAUACAACUUACUUCAAACCAGUAGCAUUACCUACAUAUUUUUUUCAUAGUCUAGACUAGAAUAAGCUGUAAUGCCCAGCCCGGCUGACAAUGACAAGUAAAACGUGCAAAUGCUAUCAACGUUCUCGUGUAGCUAGCUAGUAACGUUAGUAGCUAGUACUAUUCACCUUCUCUCUCCCCCACUCCCCUCCCUCCCUCCCUCCCUCGUUGCAGUCCAUAGUUGGAUCACACAGACUAUUGGCUACGCAGGCCGCCAACCAAGUGAUGUUAAAUGUCCCUGAAACCAAGGUUACCACCUUAGAAAAUGGACUACGUGUUGCAUCCGAGGAUUCCGGUCUUUCGACGUGCACAGUGAGUAGCAGAGACCCUCCCACUAUUAAGUACAAUCUGUCAAACUAUGUAGUAGUGUGCUGAAGUCCGAUGUGAUGAAUUGGUGCCUUGCAGGUUGGUCUCUGGAUAGAUGCAGGGAGUCGUUAUGAGAAUGAGAGGAACAAUGGUACUGCUCAUUUCUUGGAACACAUGGCCUUCAAGGUUAGAUGACAAGCGCUAUAUCCACUGCAAAUUGCAACCAAUGUUCCAUUACCAACUUUGAUACCAUUUGACAUGUCUGUUCAUCUGUGAUGUGUGUCUGGCAGGGUACAAGGAAGCGCUCACAGCUUGACCUGGAGCUGGAGAUUGAAAAUAUGGGGGCCCACCUGAACGCUUACACAUCGAGGGAGCAGACUGUGUAUUACGCCAAAGCAUUCACAAAGGACCUUCCCAGAGGUAUGACGACUGACUGUAUAGAGAUUUGCUCCACUGUCUUGUCACUGAACUGUGUGUGGCCACAGAUGGAUAGUGGACAUUCUGCUUUAAGAAAUUAAGAAUCUUUGGUGUGGUGGUGUUACAGUUUAUAACGCUCCCCCUCCCUUGUCCUCCAGCGGUAGAGAUCCUGGCUGACAUCAUCCAGAACAGCACAUUGGGGGGAGCGGAGAUCGAGCGAGAGCGAGGGGUCAUCCUCCGAGAGAUGCAGGAAGUGGAGACCAACCUGCAGGAAGUUGUGUUUGACUACCUCCACGCCACAGCUUAUCAAGCCACAGCGCUGGGCAGAACCAUCCUGGGCCCUACGGAGAACAUCAAGUAGGACUCUUGAUCUCACCUGCCUCAGUUGGGCCUGGGUUCAUUACGGCACAAAAUGGGAAAUGUUUUGCAACUGAAAACAAAAAUCUGCAUUCCUUAUUGGGCCAGGAAGCCUAUUCCCUCUCGGAUUCAGUCAGUUUUCUUCCUUUUAGUGCCUAAUGAACACAACCCAGCUUAGAUGACAAUUUUACAGAAUGUUAACAUAGAAAUGUACUGUGCAGAACAGGUAUGAUUGUCUGUCAUACUGAACAGGGCAUCCUAUUUCUAUCUGCAAUGUUCUGAAUUGCUCACUACUGAAUGAUACACCCCUAGACUUGGUCAUUCCUGUCAUCUCAGACCAGUUUGCUUCAUAGAAACUACAGGGGAUAUUCAGUGACAUUUCUGCUGUCUGUGUUUAUAGAACAAUAAACAGAGGAGACCUUGUUGAAUACAUCACUACUCACUACAAAGGACCGAGAAUAGUGUUGGCUGCUGCUGGAGGUAGGUUCUUCGACUCGUCUUAAAAGGAAAAUGUAAAAAAUAUUCUACUUCAUAUCCUCUCCAGCACCACCCCAACAUCAACAUAUGUGAAAAUGGUGUGUUUAUGUUUUGUAGUAAUAAAGAUAAGUGUUUCCAAUGACAUCAAACCAUUAGACAAUUAGUAGGCAAUGCCUGCUCACAAUUGGUCAAAAUCACACGAUGCACACUGAUGUCAUAAAGAAAUAGAAUCCAUGGAAGAUAUUUUGUGCUAACAUUGUCUUUCAAUCAGGGGUUUCACACAAUGAAUUGAUAGAUUUGGCCAAGUACCACUUUGGGAAUCUUCCUGCAAGAUACAAGGGAGAGGCGCCAACCUUCCCACAAUGUGAUUUUACAGGAAGUGAGGUGAGAUUUAAGGGCCCUUAUUGUUUAUCUUCAACAGAGGCAAAGUGCACAAACUUGCUCCCUGUGGGCAAUGCCAUGGUAAGAGUGACUCCAGAUUUCACUCUAAAAUGUAUGUCAAACAACUAUGCACAAGGACUACUUUAUUUCCAUUUACUUGAUCAGUGAAGAUGCUAAGUUUGGUAACAGAAUGACAGCAAAUGGCACAAACUGUCAUUCUCUUACCAAACUUUGCAUUUGAACUGUUCAAGUGUUUCUGGAAAAUGUUCAAAGUAGUCUUUGUGCAUAAAGUUUUGUUUAACUUUGCAAUAGUUGGUUUUUGUUUGUGGAAUUUCCCCUAGUAUAUUGGCCAAUUUAUUUCAUUGUUGUUGGUUAGAUCCGGGUUCGUGACGACAAGAUGCCCCUGGCACACAUUGUCAUUGCUGUGGAAGCAGUGGGCUGGUCGCACCCCGAUACCAUUCCCCUUAUGGUGGCAAACACACUCAUCGGCAACUGGGACCGCUCCUUUGGUGGAGGUGUGGUAAGUUAAGUUCCCAUUCAUGUUCCCAGGCAUCGGGACUCCUUCCAGGUCGAUUCCUCCUCUUACAAUGUGUAUUGACCUUUGCCAGAAUCUCUCCAGCAAGCUGGCGCAGAUGGCAUGCCAGGGCAACCUGUGCCACAGCUUCCAGUCUUUCAACACCUGUUACACCGACACAGGCCUGUGGGGACUCUACAUGGUGUGUGAGCCUGGCACCAUCAACGAGAUGAUGCACUUCACACAGCUGGAAUGGUGAGCACUGACUAAGCCCAGCGGUCACCUGACCAAGCAGUCAAACCAAGCUGGCCUGGUUAUGCAUCCACCAUAGUCGCUGGAACAGAGCUGAAAAGGACAAUGUGAAAAAAUCUGACCCAGCACAAUUUGGGUCGGCACGAUGGUGUGAAAAGGGGGUUGCCACUGACAUUUACUUUUGUUUACCUCAGGAUGUCACUCUGCACUAGCGUUACUGAGAGCGAAGUUGCGAGAGCCAAGAACCUCCUCAAGACAAACAUGCUUUUGCAUCUUGACGGUAAGGCCACGUGAUACACCAAUGAUCAGGGUUUGAAUUACCAAUGGACUUUUGGGGGUACCCACCAUUUAACUGCGGGCACAUUGACAUUUCAAUUCUUAUGGAGGUUUUUAACCAGCCUCCCCUGUAAUUCAAACCCUGCCAAUGAUGAUAUUAAUAAAUUCCCUUGUGUAAAAUCAAAUUGACCUUUUUUCUAGGAUCCACCCCCAUCUGUGAGGACAUCGGCAGACAGAUGCUUUGUUACAGCCGUAGGAUCCCUCUGCAUGAACUGGAGGCCAGAAUUGAUGUGAGUAAAUUCAAGUAAUGUUUAACACCAAAUAAUGUAAGCUGUGAUUAACAUAGCAAAGACACUUGUUGACUGUAUUGGGAAAUUAUUGCAGUGUCUUUAUUUUGAAAUGUUUUAUUUUUAUGUCCCUCGAAGGCCAUAGAUGCAAAGACCAUCAAGGACGUGUGUACAAAAUACAUCUAUGACAAAUCGCCUGCCAUCGCAGCAGUCGGUACGUUGUGAUUUUUAUUGUUAUUGACAUCAAGACGAGAUUCUAAUUAAUUCUGUUUACUGGCAUUCCCCCCCCUUCCAAAUCAUAAGGCCAUUAGGGGCUGUCAAACAAAGAGUUAUGCAAUUUCAGCUAUAAAUAUACACAUUCUUUUCAUUUAAGUUGCCGCAACAAUACAUACAAUAUUGCACUCAGUCAUGACUAUACCAAGUCUGCUGUGCUGCUAGGUCAGAACAGUGGAAUUGAACUGUUCAUGGUUGUGACUACUUACAAAACUGUUGUGGUAUAAAGACAAUUCAGUACAUUUCUCUCUUGUUUCAGGACCAAUUGAGCAGCUCCCAGACUACAACCGAAUUCGCAGUGGGAUGUACUGGAUGAGAACCUGAGAAUUGGCGCUGUCUUUAGAGACUUAGGAAAGGUAAUAACAGCAAGCAGCCAACUGUACAGUAUAUAAACAUAUCAACUUUUACAAACAGAGUUUAAGUUGUGGUUUUUCUUCUAAUUUUAUUAUAAAAUAAAGACCAACACAAUAACGUUAAAAGAAGAACAUAGGGCAAUUUGUUUGACUCGUCAUUUUUUUGCUUUUACCACCAACUUGUUCCUGGGCGGCCUUCUUGGCUUUGACCAUCUCCACCAGUUCCUGUAUUGGAAAGAGAAGAAACUAGCUUUAGGUGGGGAUUCAAUCCGAUCAGCGGUAGAUCUGUGUUAUAGAGCGAUCAACAUUUAAAAAGUUCAUUUCCGAUUGAAUCACCAUAUGCACUAUGCAGCAUUUACCGUGAAUUCGGUCUCCGCAAACGUGGAAACAUUGCCUUUAAAAGGUGCAUAGCAGACUAAACGCCAUCAGACUGUCUCCCGGCCUUAGUAUGCUGCGGCUUCUACAUGUUUGUCACUUACACUGUUCUCUACAUUUUACCAAACAGGGAUUGAAACCACACAGAAGCACCAACCGUAACAAGGCCCAGCUUACCUUAUAUCUCUUCAUACAGUCCUUCUUGGUGCGUCCGGGCACAGCGGCAGCGAUCUUCUCCCACCUCUCUGGGGUGCUGACUGGGUAGGUCUUCAAGGCCUGCUCAAGCAGCUUCUGCUCCUCAGUGGUCCAGGAUGCAGUGUUAGCUUCAGCACCUGAAGCAGCAAGAAUUUAAAAAGGAGGACAGUGAGUGGCUAACACUGAAACAUGUCCAGAAAGAACCCAUAGUCACACUAUCGUGCCCCCCCCCCCUCUUCAGUCAUGGGUAUAAAUCCAAUGGGAUCCAAUGGGCUUUUGUGCAAGAAAAAAUUAACUACUGAUCACCACUCACCGUCAAAUCUCUCAGAGGGCACUGCGUUGUCCACUGUCUGUGGCACAGCUGCAUGCUCUUUGUUGAACUUCUCAAAGGCCUUCUUGUUAAUCUCAUCUUUCUGCCCGGGUUCUGAAAAAGUGGCAAUAAAUAGUCUCAAAAGUAUUGUUUUGCAGAGAAUUACUCGGACAAUGACUCCAACAUCUGGUGACAUGACAGUUGCUCACCAAGCUUUUGUAAGUUCUUGGCUUUGUUGAUGACAUCUUUGGCUGUCCUUUUGAUGCCACUGGUAGAGUGCAAGUUCAUGUAGUUGGCAAUGACUUCCCAUCU